GUACAUCGUUUCAGCAUGGGGUUGCCUUGUCGCGGUGGCGGCGGGCGGAGCCGGGAGACGUCAGUGUUAUAUAUUCUGUCGCUUCUGCCCUUUUCAACCUCCCCCGUUCACGAAUAAAGAGUCAGCCCUUGUAGAGAUGAUUCCCUUCCUCAGUUGUGUAGAGUUGGUGGCUUCGCUACCCUGUUCGAGCAGCCCUGAGGCCUCGUGACUGUGCCCAGCUGGAGAUCGGGCUCCCCCGACCGAGCGGUUCCGAGGCCCCGUGACUUUGCCCGGACUGUCCGUCACCGACAACUGAUCCUGGCCGUGGACUGUUGCUGGUGCGGCUGAUCUGGUCCGGCCCGACUCUGUCAAUGUUGCCAUGGCCGCUGUAGGCACAGAGAAAGGCUCCAUAAAGAAGAAAAGUGAGAAGAAAUUCGCGGCCAGAGAGGAAGCAAAGCUCCUGGCAACUUUUAUGGGUGUCAUGAAUAAUAUGCGAAAACAGAAAAUUCUGUGCGAUGUUCUUCUAGUAGUGUCGGAUAGAAAAAUCCCAGCUCACCGGGUGGUGCUUGCAGCUGCCAGCCACUUCUUCAAUCUAAUGUUCACCACAAACAUGCUUGAAUCAAAGUCAUAUGAAGUGGAACUCAAAGAUGCUGAACCUGAUAUUAUUGAGCUACUAGUAGAGUUUGCAUAUACUGCCAGGAUCUCUGUUAACAGCAAUAAUGUUCAAUCUCUGUUGGAUGCAGCAAACCAGUAUCAGAUUGAACCAGUGAAGAAAAUGUGUGUUGAAUUCCUCAAAGAACAAAUUGAUGCUUCAAAUUGUCUUGGAAUAAGUGUUUUGGCAGAGUGCCUUGACUGCCCUGAACUCAAGAUAUCAGCAGAUGGAUUCAUUCAUCAGCAUUUCACUGAAGUUUACAAAACGGAUGAGUUUUUACAACUUGAUGUCAAAAGAGUAACUCACUUACUGAAGCAAGAUGCACUAACAGUUAGAGCAGAAGACCAGGUUUAUGAUGCCGCAGUUAGAUGGUUAAAGUAUGAUGAACUCAAUCGGCAGCAAUAUAUGGUUGAUAUUCUGGCUAAAGUCAGAUUUCCACUAAUCUCUAAGAAUUUCUUAAGUAAAACUGUCCAAGCAGAAUCACUCAUUCAGGACAAUCCAGAGUGUCUUAAAAUGGUUAUCAGUGGCAUGCGCUAUCAUCUUUUGUCUCCAGAGGAUCGAGAAGAGCUGGGAGAAAGUACACGGCCAAGACAAAAGAAGCAUGAUUAUCGCAUUGCAUUGUUUGGUGGAUCUCAGCCCCAGUCAUGUCGUUAUUUUAACCCCAAGGAUUAUACUUGGAUGGACAUUCGUUGUCCAUUUGAGAAACGGCGAGAUGCAGCCUGUGUCUUCUGGGACAACGUUGUUUAUAUACUGGGUGGUUCACAGCUUUUUCCCAUCAAACGGAUGGAUUGCUACAACGUAGUUAAGGACAGUUGGUAUUCUAAGCUGGGUCCUCCAACACCUCGUGAUAGUCUUGCUGCAUGUGCUGCAGAAGGCAAGAUUUACACAUCUGGAGGCUCUGAAGUAGGAAACUCUGCUUUGUAUCUGUUUGAAUGUUAUGAUACCCGAACAGAGAACUGGCAUACCAAACCCAGUAUGCUGACACCUCGAUGCAGUCAUGGUAUGGUGGAAGCCAAAGGACUAAUCUAUGUGUGUGGUGGAAGUUUAGGCAACAAUGUAUCUGGAAGAGUUUUAAGCUCCUGUGAAGUAUACAACCCUGCAACAGAGUCGUGGACAGAACUUGCUGCAAUGCUGGAGGCUAGGAAGAACCAUGGAUUAGUUUUUGUAAAUGACAGAAUCUAUGCUGUUGGUGGACAAAAUGGACUUGGUGGUCUGGAUUCCAUAGAAUAUUAUGAUAUUAAAACGAAUGACUGGAAAAUGGUAUCAACGAUGCCUUGGAAAGGGGUAACAGUUAAAUGUGCAGCAGUAGGCUCCAUUAUCUAUGUCUUGGCUGGUUUCCAAGGUGUAGGCCGGUUAGGUCACAUUUUGGAAUAUAACACAGAGACUGACAAAUGGACAACAAACUCCAAGGUCCGGGCUUUCCCAGUAACCAGUUGUCUUAUAUGUGUUGUGGACACGUGUGGUGCAAAUGAAGAAAAACUUGAAACUUGAAGGAAAUAUAUCACUGGAGAUACCAGGAUGAUGUCUGUACUGUCAGAUCACACUGACAUGAACUAAUAUAUGAUUUUAUUUUCUAAUUUAAUGUCUUUUGAGAUGUAUUCAAAAUAAUACCAGUAUUCAGGAUUAUUUCUUAAGAAUUAUUAAAAUCUGUUUGCCUAA